AUGGAGACUAUUGUUGUUACUGCAGCAGAGGGUGCUGUGAAGACAUUGCUGGGAAAGCUGGGCUCUGUUCUUGCUCAACAAAACCAACUUGUUGGUGGGGUCCGAGGUGAGCUGCAAUACAUCAAGGAUGAGCUCGAGAGCAUGAACGCCUUCCUCCAGAACCUUGCGACUGCUAACAGCCAUGGCGUCCAAGUUAAGAUAUGGAUGAAGCAAGUCAGAGAGAUGGCCUAUGAUGCUGAGGAUUGCGUUGAUGAGUUUCAACACCACUUUGGUGGCUCCCGUGGAGAUGGCAUUAUGGGGUUCUUACGUAGAAUGAAGCAUCUUUUGUCCACUCUGAAUGCCCGCCAUCGAAUUGUCAUGCAAGUGCAAGAGCUUAAGAAUCGUGCUCAAGAUGUUAGUGACAGGUAUGCAAGGUACAGUGGUGCUAAUGCUAUUGUUGCUGCCUCUGGCUUGCAAGGCUCUGCCAUUUCAACCUCAAACUGUUUAGCCCUUGAUCCUAGGCAAGCAAUUGGUUUCAUACAGGAAGGUCUUCUCGUGGGAAUCGAUAAACGGAGGAACAGGCUCCUCAAAUAUAUAAUGGAAGACUACGGAAAACAGUUAAGGGUAAUUUCUAUUUUUGACUUUGGAGGGUUAGGCAAGACUACUAUAGCCAAGGCAAUAUGUGAUAGUCCACACUCAAAGAGUGGUCAGUUCCAAUGUCAAGCUUUUGUUACGGUCUCCCAGAAAUUUGAUCUGAAGGCAAUAUUGAGAGACAUCCUUGGGCAGCUCAUUCCACAUGGUUCUAAUCAACAUGUCAACUCGUACAUACUAGAUAUUCAGGAUGAGCAACUCAAGAUAGAAGCGAAAGAACUGUUCUUCAGGAGAUUAUUUGGUCAAGUAGAUGUCUGCCCUCAAAACUUGCAGAAAGUUUCAGAAGACAUUUUGAAGAAAUGUGGUGGUAUGCCUCGGGCCAUCAAUAGUAUAACAGGGAUUUUGGCUAGUAGGGAAGUCAAGAGUUUCGUGGAUUGGCAGACCUUACAUAACUCUCUUGGCUCUGAGUUGGAUAAUGCCUCAACCAUGGAGAAAACUUGCUUCUUGUAUUUCAGUAUCUUUCGAGAGGACUACAAGAUUAGAAGGAAAAAUGUUAUCCAGCGAUGGGUGGCGGAAGGCUUUGUAUCUGAGAAGCGGGGGCUAUCUGCAGAGCAGGUUGCUGAGAGCUACUUUGCAGAAUUUAUCAAUAGGAGCAUCAUCCAACCUAUUGAUAUAAGUGAUAGUGGAAAAGUUAAAACUUGUAGGAUUCAUGACGUAAUGUUGGAGGUCAUCGUCGGGCUGUCAGUUGAGCAGAACUUUGUAUCACUUAUGGGGGAUCAAUAUGUAAGGACUUCCCAUGAUAAAGUUCGACGGGUUUCCUUACAUGGCAGUGGGUCGUACAAUCUAUCAACUAGCUUGGAAUUGUCACAUGUUCGAUCGCUAAGCUCCUUUGGAGAUAUGCCAGGAGUUGUCUGUUUCAACAAGGCGAGAUUUCUUAGAGUGGUGGAUCUGGAAAACUGUGAAUUUCUAAGGAAUCAUCACCUUAAACAGAUCUGUGCAUUGUUCCAACUUAAGUUCUUGAGUUUAAGAAACGGGCACAACAUAAAUAGGCUUCCAAGAAAUAUACGGAAUCUGAAGAGCUUGGAAACUCUGGAUUUAAGGGGGACAUGUGUGGAUGAGUUGCCUGGUAGUCUCACUGAGCUUAAGCACUUGUCCUUGGGGUUGAUAGAGAUCUCAGAUGACACAUCUUGGAGGAUACAGGAGAUUGGAUGCUUGGUGCAACUAAAGAAGCUUCGGAUACGGUCACGCAAUGGUCUGAACAAGGAGAACUGGGAGUCUCUACUUGCAGUCAUUGAGAAGCUGAGCAGGUCCCUCGUGUCCCUGUCAAUUGAAACAGAUGGGAGGACCUUUUGUUUGCCACUUGAUUUCUCAUCCUCCCCACCGCUGCUCCUACAAAGCCUCCUACUCUAUGAAAAACUAGAAGCGUUACCGAGUUUGGUUGCGUCGCUGGAUAACCUUGUCAAGUUAACUCUUGGUGGCACCCAAUUGAAGGAUGAUGACAUCCAAGUUCUCCAGAAGCUCCCGAGACUGUUCUCUCUGAGGCUGUGGUUUGCAUUUGCUACAAAGCACUUUGUUGUAGGAUGCUCUGGGUUUCCCAAUCUUCAACUACUUGCAAUUCAAGGUUGGGAUGGUCCUCUUGAAAUGACUUUGGAGGAAGGAUCUAUGCAGAAGCUCCACAAACUUGUGCUGCUGGUGGCAUACCGUAGUAGUACGCUGAAGAGUGUUAAAGGGGUGCGGUAUCUCCAAAGUCUUCAAACAGUUGAAAUAAGAGGUAAAUCUACUGAACCUAUGGAAGCUCUGUUGCAAGAGCUCAGAGCUGAAGCAAGCCAUCUUCCUCACCAUCCUACAGUAAUUUUUAAGAAGGUUUGA